GCGCGGAGGGAGGUGAGCCGAACCGAGCCGGCAGGGAGGAGGAGGCCGGCGACGGAGGCCCCGCCCCCGCCUCUCCUCGCCGGCUCCUCGCCGCCUCCUCCGAACCCCGCUCACUUUGCCUCUCGCCUCUGGACGGCGGCGGGGCGGCUGCCGGAGCCGCGGGCCUGAGGGAGGGAGCGGCAGUCACCAGGCACGGGCGCCUCGGUUCGCCCCUCAGGGAGGUCGGCGCCGCCGCCUGGGAGAGGGUCUCCCUCCUCUCCCCUCCACCCCUACCCUGGGCGCGAGGGGCGGCGGCGCUGACACAGCCUCGCUCGCGGAGGGUCGGGGCGCAGACGCUGGCUCCGCAGAGGGGGACUCGUGCGGCUACCCGCGGGUCCAGCCGCGCGGAGGGCGCGUCGCCAAGCCGCGACACCGGGUUGCCGAGGAGCCUAGAACUGAGGCCGGCACCCCGCGGCCAGCGAAGGGCAGGAGCGGAGCCCCGAAAGAGACAGCGCGAGCGGGCCCCGACGGCGCGCUCCCGCCUGACUGUCAAGGCCAGGCGGGGUCCCAGGAGGGAGCGGCGGCGGCUACGGCCGGGGGAGCCCUCGGGCCGGCGCCCCGGCUCCUAGCCAUGACCUUCGGGCGCAGCGGGGCGGCCUCGGUGGUGCUGAACGUGGGCGGCGCCCGGUACUCGCUGUCCCGGGAGCUGCUGAAGGACUUCCCGCUACGCCGCGUGAGCCGGCUGCACGGCUGCCGCUCGGAGCGCGACGUGCUCGAGGUGUGCGACGACUACGACCGCGAGCGCAACGAGUACUUCUUCGACCGGCACUCGGAGGCCUUCGGCUUCAUCCUGCUCUACGUGCGCGGCCACGGCAAGCUGCGCUUCGCGCCGCGGAUGUGCGAGCUCUCCUUCUACAACGAGAUGAUCUAUUGGGGCCUAGAGGGCACGCACCUCGAGUACUGCUGCCAGCGCCGUCUGGACGACCGCAUGUCCGACACCUACACCUUCUACUCGGCCGACGAGCCCGGCGGCGUCCUGGGCCGCGACGAGGGGCGACCCGGCACGGCGGCCGACGCGACCCCCUCGCGGCGCUGGCUGGAGCGCAUGAGGCGCACCUUCGAGGAGCCCACGUCGUCGCUGGCCGCGCAGAUCCUGGCCAGCGUGUCGGUGGUGUUCGUCAUCGUGUCCAUGGUGGUGCUGUGCGCCAGCACGCUGCCCGACUGGCGCCACGCUGUCGCCCAGAACCGCAGCCUGGAUGACCGGAGCAGGUACUCCGCCGGCCCUGGGAGGGAGCCCUCCGGGGUAAUUGAAGCUAUCUGCAUUGGCUGGUUCACAGCGGAGUGCAUCGUGAGGUUCCUUGUCUCCAAAAACAAGUGUGAGUUUGUCAAGAGACCCCUGAACAUCAUUGAUUUGCUGGCAAUCACGCCGUAUUACAUCUCUGUACUGAUGACAGUGUUUACAGGCGAGAACUCUCAACUCCAGAGGGCUGGAGUCACCUUGAGGGUGCUUAGGAUGAUGCGGAUUUUUUGGGUGAUUAAGCUUGCCCGUCACUUCAUUGGUCUUCAGACACUUGGUUUGACUCUCAAACGAUGUUACCGGGAGAUGGUUAUGUUACUUGUCUUCAUUUGCGUUGCCAUGGCAAUCUUUAGUGCACUUUCUCAGCUUCUCGAACAUGGGUUGGACCUGGAAGCAUCCAACAAGGACUUCGCCAGCAUCCCUGCUGCCUGCUGGUGGGUGAUUAUCUCUAUGACUACAGUUGGCUAUGGAGAUAUGUAUCCUAUCACAAUGCCUGGAAGAAUUCUUGGAGGAGUUUGUGUUGUCAGUGGAAUUGUCCUAUUGGCAUUACCUAUCACUUUUAUCUACCACAGCUUUGUGCAGUGUUACCAUGAGCUCAAGUUUAGAUCAGCUAGAUAUAGCAGGAGCCUCUCUGCUGAGUUCCUGAAUUAAUGCAUUGCAAAUCAAUCCUUGCAUACCCGUGGUUUGAUGGGAAAGAGUUGAUGCUGCUUCAUAUUCAUGUGUUUCUUACUGGUUGAGCACUGCAGUGGCGUUGUCACCAUGUUGGUAGGGCAGAAACAGUCCUUCCGAGCUGAAGGGAUAGAACUGUUUACAUCUUGUGGAGUAAAUAGUGUUGAGACUGCUAAGGAAGGGUAGUGACCCCUACAGUAACCUUGAAGACCUCAUUUGUGUAGACCUGAUUUGUCUCUUCUUUGCUUUGAACAGUUACCUUUGUUUUUUGAAAGCACAUUCUUUAAACGUUUUUGAGCAGGCAGGUACUCUAUUGCAAAUGCUUUUCCAUCUUCUGGAAUUCAGAAGAAGUUUGGAACUUACAGUGUUAUAUUUUUUUGAGAGUAACAUUUUCAUUUCCAAAUGUUUUAUAAUUUCUCAUAUCAAUGUCAGAAGUAUUCUGGAAACAUAUGUCACAUGCAGGAACUGUUGAGCAAAUACUUAAAAAUUUUGGCUAAAAUUGAAACUGUGUAAUGGAGCUAGACACAAGCGACAGCGCUCUUUGAGAAACUUUUCCAGUGUACUUUUUCACCCCACUCUGUCUUCAUGUUCACCUCUCUGUGCAGCUUCAUGGAAGCUUGGCUAUGUUCUCUCUGUUGCACUUUGAAUUUCUUUUAUUGCUUUACUGAAAUGAUUCAAAGAACGUAUAUAAUAAGAAUCAAGAGGACAUUGUGUCAUUUAACAUUUCACUGAAUGAUUUUCACCUUCAUAGCUGUUAUUUGGUGUUCAUUGUCCUGACAUUUAGAUGUCCAAACAAAAAUAUUUCUACCGUAAACAUGAAAAUAGAAAAAGUUUGAUGUUGCUCAAGAUUAUAUCCCAUAUUUAUCCUCCUCUGCUCUUAACUUUUGCCCCAAACACCAUGAAUUUAGUAAGACAUCUAAGAUGAAAGUAUAUUUAUGUAGCCUUUUUGAUACCAAAGUCAUAUGUAUGUGUUAUCAUUGGAGUAUCUUUAAAAAAGGAAGUAGAUAUUGUUGUACUCCUAGUUUCUGUGCAGUUCAGUCAAUUUUAAGUCAGCUAAAAGCAGCAAAGACAUAGUUAUUUGAUCUUCACCAUUAUGAAUCACAUCUACAACAAAAGCCUUCUUGAAAGAAUAUUGGGUAAUAUGCCAUUUUAAUCUAGUGAUGUUAUUGGGACUGGGGAGUAUAAAACCAAUGGUUGUUUCAUGCUAAUUUAAUCAGAAUGAAUUACAAUUUUUGCUUUUCAACCAGUUGAUAUCAAAAAGUCAUGUAUAAACACAAAAAAUUAAAGCUAUAGAUUCAUGAAUCAUUUAGGGUACACCCUGUAAUUUAUCAAGGGUAUAAGAAAGAAACUGGGCAGGGGUGGGUAGAACAGAGGGAAUCCAGAUCUGUUUAUCAAAGAGAAGCUUACCCUUAAACGAAUAUUAGCCAGGCUCUAGUUCAGACCCGGGGCAAAGAAGGAUGCAGUUACGAAGGAGCUGGGGCUCAAACCUGGACCUCCAGAAAACACAGCCCAGCUUCUAAUUCUUCAUAUACCUCUGGGAUCUGAUAAAGCCUGGGGAAGCUGCACUUCUUUGCCAUUAUCAUUGCUGAGAUAAUAACUACAAAACCAUUUCCUUUCGCCUAAUUUCCUUUCCAGCAAUUAUGUGAUAUUUUGGCCAUUAAAGUUCUCACUCCAUUUUCCCUACUCCUUUCCACUGUUAAUGAUACUUUUUAUAUAGUCAGAAUAAAUUGUUAUUUAUUGUA